UGCAGAAAUUGCCUCUCCACCAGCCGCGCCAUGCGACGCUGUCUCACGGCGGCAGAUGAUGGAUGCGACGUGCUGGUGAAGUCUGGAUUAUACUGAUUUUAAGUACUCAACUCCGAGGGCCGUUGCUGGCUUUUCGCCAGUGCGCACUGCUUCAAAAAGUGGAUGGGGUGUGUGCCGAGCGCGGAACGCAAGCGGUCCGUGCGGCCCACAGAGGACGACUUCAUCUUGACGAAUUCUCCACAUGCCGUCAUCCUCGAGAGCCCUCAAUAUCACCUCAUGCCGCAAGCCAUGCCGAUGCGCUUCAGCCUUUUUCAAACUAUACAACCCCAACAACAUACCCUUGUCGACCCCGUCGAUCUCGUGCAUGACGACUUGAAACCGAUUGCAGACGAAUUCCUUCUUGACGCCGACGACUUCAUCUUCAUUCGCCAACUCUCGACCGCCCCGAGUCGCAUCGAAUCGUCGUUGGCCCAGUAUAAUUGCACAGCUGUCGUCGUGCGGCGCCUCGCGUCUUGCCUAACGAAUGAUGACUCGGAUCUCGUCAAAGAAAUCAUCGCCAUGUCGCGGUUGCGCCACAUCAACAUCGUAUCCUUCAUCGGGUUCUACUUUACGUGCAGUUUCCGGCUGCACUGUGUGACCGAAUACGUCGAAGGAUCCAGCCUGCGUCAGCUGCUCGACCGCCCAAAGCUCGAUCUCUCUUGGGACGACCACAAGCUCUCUAUGGCCAUGUACAUCGCCCAAGCGAUGGCAUAUCUCCACUCCUUCAAGCCGCCGACCAUCCACCGCGACAUCAAGGCCGACACUGUUCUCGUGACGCCGCAACUCCUGGCAAAACUGAGUGGCUUUGGCGCGGCGCGGGUGCGAACUUUUGACUCAACGAUGACAAGCACUGGAGUGGGCACGUUGAAAUGGUCGGCACCGGAACUUCUCAGUGGCGACGACUACGACGAAAAAGUCGACGUGUACUCGUUCGGUGUCGUCCUUACGGAGCUCGACACGCACGAAACGCCUCUCGCCAGCCACACCGUGACGGACACCACAACCUUGAUGCAUGCCUUGAUCACAGGCAAACUGCGACCCCAAGUCGCCCCCACCUGUCCCCCGCGCAUCGCGCGGCUCGUCCAUGCGUGUUUACAGCAUGACACGGCCAAGCGCCCAACUAGCGACGAGGUCGUCGCCAUCCUCGCCGACAUCUCCAUCGCAAAAAGUGAACAGAGCCCCGCUGUAACAUAACAAACGUAACCAUAUUCUCACUCGUGUGGCUUCCGCACAAGUUGUCCGAGUUCGUGCACGACCGAUUCCCGUGCAUGUGAG